GCGGCGGAAGGAGCCGGAGCGCAGCGGCCGCGGCCCGACGGGACCCCGAGCGGAGCCCCCGGCCCGGGCACGGCCCGCACCCCGCACCGCCGAGAUGUCAGAAGACCUUGCUAAGCAGUUGGCCAGCUACAAAGCUCAGCUCCAGCAAGUCGAGGCUGCCUUAUCUGGCAAUGCAGACAAUGAGGAUUUACUGAAACUGAAGAAAGACUUACAGGAAGUCAUAGAGUUAACCAAAGAUCUCCUUUCAACACAACCUUCGGAAACCCUCGCGAGUUCCGACAGCUCCGCGUCCGCCCUGCCCAGUCACUCCUGGAAGGUUGGGGACAGGUGUAUGGCCAUAUGGAGUGAGGAUGGACAGUGUUACGAAGCUGAGAUUGAAGAAAUAGAUGAGGAGAAUGGAACAGCUGCAGUGACAUUUGCUGGAUAUGGCAAUGCUGAAGUCACACCUCUGUUCAACCUCAAGCCUGUGGAAGAGGGAAGGAAAGCAAAAGAGGACAGUGGCAACAAACCCAUGUCCAAAAAAGAGAUGAUAGCCCAGCAACGAGAGUAUAAAAAGAAGAAAGCUUUGAAAAAAGCUCAGAGAAUUAAAGAACUUGAACAGGAACGAGAGGACCAGAAAGUCAAGUGGCAACAGUUUAACAACAGAGCCUAUUCUAAAAACAAAAAAGGCCAGGUGAAAAGGAGUAUUUUUGCUUCCCCUGAGAGCGUAACUGGCAAGGUUGGCGUUGGAACAUGUGGAAUUGCAGACAAACCUAUGACACAGUAUCAAGAUACCUCUAAAUAUAAUGUCAGGCAUCUGAUGCCUCAGUAACAGGUGGAAAAGGUGGAACUUCAUCUCUGCAGGGCUUUACACUUACCUUUUUAUCAUUAUAUUUUUCUAAAAGUAAAUUAUUUGUUGGCACAUAGUGAGUAGUCCAUUUUGUCACCAUCACUUUGGCUUCAGCUGAUUUGAGCCUUAAAUCUCCAGCUCUUGAUUUGAACACCCCCAACCAUUAAACUUUCUGUAGCAGGUAAACAUUAAUGAAUUCAUGAACUGCUGUUGCCUGUUACUUUCAAAGCAGUAUUUGUCUUCAGCUUUGAAUCUUUCAUUCAUACCAGUCAUGAAGGUUUUUUUUUUCCUUCAAAAAAAGUGGUGGUAUAAAAAUGGCACCUUAAGAGCCUCCCUGGUUUCUGUAGUCACGGUGCUGCCUGUGACAUGCUCAAAAUUACAGAGCUGCUGCAGCUCUGGGAGAGAGCUGACAUGUCACAUGGAAUUGCUAAGGAAGUUUAAAUAACUCCCUUUACAAAUCCACUGUGGAUCAGUUUGUACAGCUGUAAAUGAGGGCAGAACAGGGCUGAUAGGAUCUUUAUUACUAAUGAUCACUUACAUUCUAGAAACAAUAAAUUUGACUUAAUUCCAGUCCAAAUUUCUUGCACUUGAAUUUCAGCAGAGGAGAUGCUGUUUCUUGUUGGUUGUUUUUCUUUCUUUAUUUGUUUUAUAAAUACUCAUCAAAUUAUAAUAGGAAGUUAAUGAAAUGUAACCAGAAAACCAUAGGACAAGGAACUGUACUUAAGAGUCCCCACCCAUCCCCAGGGGUCAGAGCUGGUGCUGUGGAAAGGAGCUGUCCUGUCCUCCCUUGUAGAUCUUGUAGGUGUGUUGGUGCAGUCACAGCAGUGACAGCCUGGGCCCCAUCCAGACAUGGAGAAGCACAGCACAGCAGAUGUGAAUGCCUGGAUCCCACUUAGUUAGCUGUGAGUGAGUAAAGGUUAGCUGGGAAUUUCUGUCCUUACAGAACUGACUGGCCCUAGAGUCCAUUGUACCUUCAGCUGUAUUACAGUGCUGCUGAGCCCCUUCAGUUUUCUUCAGGAACCCACGUGUAAAAGCUCUUGCAUUUUUGUACUCUCUGUGAUUUGCUUUCCUCUGUUCCUUGUCUCGCACUUGCGGUAGCGACGCCACCUCUGGACCCGUCAUGUGUUUCAAGAAGUUAAUGGGUAGCCCUGUAUACAAUGUAGAUAUUAUUUUUGUAAAAUCUAGGGCUGAGUUAAUGGACAAGAGUACAUCAGCUAUUUCCCCCAUUAAAUAAAACGUGUGUCUUGUCCAUUAACCCUGACCAUUAUUUCCCUGUAUAUUAUGUUAAUGUAGCUCAUUUUGUAAUUUGUUAACUAGAUCAGGUCACGUCAGCAAUUGUUGAUGCACUGAUUGGUGGAAAUGUCCAUCAGUUACCUGAGUCACAACUCAAGCUAAACUCUACAAGCAGUAGUUUAGAAUCCAUACAUAGAAAAAGGUUCUCCCUGUAAUGGGAGAUGGUGAUUUUUAUGAAUACAAAGUGUGUUAAUUUCAGUUUUGUAUGUUUAACUUUUAUUAAAUAAAGUGUUUAAAAUCUGCUGGA